AUGAACACUUCAAUCGGAAUCGCACUGCUUUUUCUCUUGGCUUCUGCACAAUCCGUCUUUGGCGAUGAGUUAGAAAACCGAGAAAAAGUUCUCAAUCUCAACAGGAAGAGACUUGAAUUGGCGAAACGAGAUCAAAUAGCGAACAUGCAUGAGGUGACUUGGGACGCCACUCUGGGGAGUAAACUUGAACAUAUGACUUGCGACGAGUUGGCGUCUCCCGGCUCCGACUAUGUAGUUUUCGGAUUCUUCGAGUUAGGGAAGGGGGAUCGCAAAUCGCCACCGCUCCAUCCGCUCCAAACCAAGUUUGCAUGCGAAGCGACAAAGUGCGAUGACGAACCGAUCAUGUGUAUCAUGGGACCCAAAAACUCCCGAGCUAAAGAGUCGGAUAUCAAGUAUGGAUCCCCUGGCACUGGAUGUACUGGUGGAAAUGGACUCAGUGGAUUGUGUAUGGGCGGUGGUAGUGGUGCUGGUGCUGCUAUGGAGAAAGUUCCAGUCGAGAAGCAAUCAGAAAAGGCUCCAGUCGAGAAGCAAUAG